CCUGAUCUGAGCUCUCACUGUGUGAAUGCGAGUCAGCCGGCAAACCGGUCAGCGAGAGAGAGGAAAGUGUGUGAGUGUGAGGGUGUGAGGUCCAGAGUCUUUGGUUGUGUUUGUGUGUGUGUGUGUGUGUGUGUGUGUGUGUGUUACAGAGAGAGAGAGUGAGAGAGGCAGUCGCAAUCUCUGUCGGUGGAGGAGAAGCCAGGCAGCCGGUUUUAAAGUGAACGAUACAUCCUGCAGCGCUCCUCUGCCUCUCUUUGGAUUAUACCACAAACGGGGACUCACCCUUUGGACUAUCCCGACACUUCCUCCUCCGCCUUCGCUAGUCUUUGAAGGGAACACCUGUGUGUGUGUGUGUGUGUGUGUGUGUGUGAGAGAGAGAGAGAGAGAGACAACAGACUAAGCCCUGGUGAACAGGGCGAGUGGAUGACUUCAGUGGAUGAGGGUUUGGCUGGUGGAAAGAGGGGGACUUCAGACUAUGGACUCCCCUCACUAGUAAACAGGGGUGGUGAGGGGCAGCCGGUUUGUCCGGUCAUCAUGUGCACGCGGGCCUGUCCUGACCCCAUCCCUGAGUGCCAGCCGUUCCCGGGAGAGGUGGAGGAGCCAGAGGAGGAGGUGGCAGACGACGGCAGGGAGAGGGAAUCCGACAGAGACAGUGCUGUGGAAAGCACCCAAGGCUCAGACACCUGCGACAGCCUGAGCAGACCAGGAGACAAAGAAGACGCACUGGGGGAUCUCUUUUUCCCUGGGGAGAAGUGUGGGCACACCAGCAUCUCAGUGACCUCUGACCUAUCGACACGUUCUUCGGCUUCUCUGAACGAGGAGCAGUUUGAAGACUACGGAGAAGGAGAAGAGCCAGACUACACUCCCAGCAGCCCCUGCCUGGACGACGAGACUCGUACCAACGGGUACUCAGACCUCGGUUCAUCCGUUCCCUCGAGUGCGGGCCAGACUCCUCGUAAGGUGCGUCAGCAUUACACUGGUGAACAGAUGGAUGUGUACUGCUCACAGUGCAGCAAAAAGGUCAAUCUGCUAAAUGACCUGGAGGCUCGCCUCAAAAGCCUGAAGGCUAACAGCCCCAGCAGGAAAAUCUCCAGCACUGCUUUUGGAAGGCAGCUGCUUCACAACAGCAACUUGAGCAGCAGCAACGGCAGCACAGAAGACCUUUUCAGAGACAGCAUCGACUCCUGUGACAUCGACAUCAAUGAGAAGGUGGGUUUUCUGGAGAAGAAAGUGGCAGAACUGGAGAAUGAGAUUCUGAUCAACGGUGAUCUCAAGUCUAAGCUAAAGCAGGAGAACACACAGCUAGUCCACAGGGUUCACGAACUGGAGGAGCAACUGAAAGACCAGGAGACGCGAGCGGAACAAAAUCUGCAGGAGGGGCUAAGACGACACCGAGAGGCCUACAGCAAGAUGGAGAGAGACAAGAGCACGCAGAUAGAGCUGCUGACAAACCGAGUUAAGCAGCUGGAGGAGGAAAACGGUGACUUUGCUGAUCACAUGUGCCGGCUCAAAUCACAGACAGAGAAACUGGAUGAGGAGAAACAAAGGAUGACAGACAAGCUGGAGGACACCAGUCUGCGCCUCAAGGAUGAGAUGGACCUCUACAGAAAAAUGAUGGACAAAUUGCGGCAGAACAGACACCAGUUCCAGAAAGAAAAGGAAGAGAUGCAGGAGCUGAUAGAGGAUCUGCGCCGAGAGCUGGAGCAUUUGCAGCUCUUCAAGCUGGAGGUGGAGAGGCCAGGCCGCAGCCGCAGCUCCUCCUCUGGGCUGGCUGACUUCAGCAGCAGGACCAGGGAGGUGGAGCUGGAGCACGAAGUCAAGAGGCUCAAGCAGGAGAACCAGAAGCUGAGGGAGCAGAACGACGAACUUAACGGUCAGAUCCUCAGCCUCAGUCUGUAUGAAGCCAAGACCCUGUUUGCCACACAGACCAAGGCCCAGUCGAUAGCUGCUGAGAUAGAUAAUGCCUCCAGAGACCAGUUAAUGGAAGCCCUGAAGGAGCAGGAAGAAAUCAACUUACGUCUGCGACAGUAUAUGGACAAAAUCAUCCUGUCCAUUCUGGACCACAACCCCUCUAUCCUGGAGAUCAAGAACUAGCAGCAAUUCAACUGGAAUGAGAAUCAUUCUUGGUCUCAGGAGAAUGAGGAUCAUUCCAGUUGUUUGAUCAGAACCUGCAGCUGGGUCCAGGAAUGUACAGGAAAGCCGAGAAAACCAGAACCAGGCUCAGAAACUGGAACAUAUAACUAGGCACAUGUUGCCCCCUGCUGUUUGUUUCGGGGGAGAAGAAAACCGCUUCUGCACUGAACUAAAGGGAGUUUUCUCACCCAGUGAAUGCUCUCUAACUGUACAUCAGACUACCAUGACUAUUAAACUUGAUUUGCUCCUUUUUUAAUUCGCUGUCGACGCUGUGAACUGUAGCUAUUGUCACAACUUUGAACAGAUGAUUUCUUCAUGUCAAUAUCCUGCGCUCAACACAUGUUGAGGAUUGACAAUGUCGCUCGAUGCGGUACACUGGACAUAUGUUUAGGAACUGGAACAAUGGAAAAAAAAAACACAACGUGGGUUCUACUGUAUCCUCAUGUAAUAUUAGCUGUAUUAUCCACAGAUGAUGUAGAAAUUAUCAGUCGUGAGACCGAUGAACAAGUCGGCAAGCAGAGGCAUGAAGGCAGACCGUUUGCGUGUUGCCUGAUCUGUAAACUGUCCACUGUUUUUUCAGCUGUCAUGAUGGUGUACUCCGAUGAAUGCAUGUUGAUGGCGUGCUUUGGACAGGCACUUUUCAAGAGAAGUGAGAGAAAAGUGGCAAGUGGUGAGAGAAAGAAGACAAUGAGAACCCCUAAAACUACAUGGGAAGCAUAAGAUUUUAGGUCACAAGAAAAGAGUAAAGCAUCUCUUCCCUAAAGAGGUGGGAAGUUGGAUGAUAGACUGCGUUUGCUAACAAAGGAGGGUUUCAGUGAAGUCGUUGAUGGCUAAUUGAAGGUGAACAUUUAUGUUUUUGUUUGUUCUUGAGAACAUGUCUUCCAGUAACCUUGUAACCACACUUGCAGUGUCAAUCAGUCCAAUGGUGAAUAUAUUUCACUGAGAAGUGUCCCUUAGUUGGUUCAGGUGAGUAAUCAAGUUUCAUCUUAAGGAGCAGAAGCUGCAACCAAGGAGUGUCUUUAACCUGUAACUUCUGUGGCUUCUGUCUGCUAGCAAUGCAUGAGCUUGGGAAAAAGUGCAUUGUUGCCAACAAUAGACCCAGCAACGUUGCACAGAAAUGUAGGAUUAUGAAUGUACAGAAUGUGUGGUGGAUUUACAUCGGAGUGACUGGUGGCCAUUGUAACAUGGUUUACUGAAUCAUCUCUAUGCUCAGUGAAAUCAUCUCAGAUAAUGUGUGUGAGCAUGAACAGGAAACUCACCUUUUGGGUCCAAAAAAUACUGGAUUAACAAUCUCAUGAAAGCCCACAGAUUGCAGAUUGAUUUUAAAGGCUGGACAGCUCUCUGAAACUCUCUAAUACUGUAAAUAUCAUGAAUGUAUAACUGGAUAUUUCACUUUCUGAAAAAGCUUUUCGACUUUGAGUCGCUGUAAUUGGUUAAGAUAGGUUGUAAUACACAUGUACAGUAUUCAGUACUGUAGUGAGGAGGACAUUGUUCAGAGAAGGGAAACAAUUACAAUCUGCUGUAUUAUUUAAUUCUCCUAAACUUGAGUUUUGCUUCCUUGCACAAGAAAAAAGAUGUUUUUGUUUCCUUUUGCAUGGUUCACAUUUUCUUCUGUCUGUGCCUUUUGAGGACGUUUUUCAAGAUGAUGUUGCUAUAGAUUGACAGUUUUUUGACGCUACAUUCUAUGUCUGCAUCUGACAUAUUUUCUUGAUUUGUAAAUGUUGUAAUUAUACAGUGAUAAUUUGUAUUCAUGUGCCACUCACCACUCUUUUUCAGAUUGAUACUAUGAAAACUAUUUUAUACAGUUUUACCAAGAAAGAACUUGUGAUUGCUUAGGCUAUUAGAAAAGUGAUAUAGCACAAUGCUUUGUAUGGUACGCUGGCCAGAGUAGCAUUUUGAGAAUAUUUUGUCAAAGUAAUAAUUUCUUUUUAAUGCAGUGGGGGAUGUUUUAAUGCAUUUCUCAAUUGUUAUUAUUUUUUUGUUGUUAGUCACGGUGAGUCCAUAGCUUUAAAGUUUGCUUUAAACUGGCUUUUUAUAUAGUUGCAAACUGUCUUCCUAACUUAAAACUAAGUGGUGAGCAUUAUGAGCAAUAUUAACUUAUUUACCAAUACCUGCUGAUUGGUGUCUUGGUUUGCUUCACAAGUCUUUUCAGCCUAUAGCUGCUUGUGCCAUUCUGAAAAUGAUUAAACGGUGCAUUAAGCUGUAAAAUCUGUCACAAACUCAUUUCUUGUAGUUUGUCAUUUUUAACUUAUUAGGGCCAUCCAAUGAGAUGUAGUCACUAUAAAUAGCAAUAAAAAAUGGCUUUGGCAGUGAUGCUGUCUCUUGAAAUUUUUAGCAUUUUAAACUACAUCUGCUUCUCCUCAUUUCCAUUUAUAAACUAUAAUUUCUAAAAUGUGAAGCCACUUAUUCUAUGCCUACAGGGUAUGCUGCUGAUGUCUUAGCUGCGAUUGUGUUGUACUGUGCUGUAAUAAAAUUAGAUAAAAAAAUAAAAAUAAAAUCAAUAAUAAAAUCAACCCCUUGUGCAGAGGGGGCAAUGUCAUACUGAAACAGCAAAGGGCCAUUCACAAAGUGUUGUCUGAAGUAUUACUGUAUGGGCCUAAACCAAGAACCCCACAGUACACAGAGAGUAUGUCAUUUAAUUUCUUCCUUCAUUUAACCUUUGUUUUCUUACUUUCAGUCCAAUGCAGUACAGGGGUGUGUUAUGUCAACUAGCUGUGUUCAGUGUAAAAUUCACGUUUUAUAUUCAGUGUUAAUUGUUCAUUGAUGCCGUGACUGUCUCUUUAAAGUCUGUAGCUACAACACAGGGGACGUGGACAUGUAAUCAUCUUAGAUCCAUGGCGACUUAUGCGUGUGACUCAGACUGUAUUUAUAUUCAUGCGGUAUAUAGCUAUGAUUUGGUCGACUUGGGUUGUCCAUAAGGGCUGAUGGCCAGCAGAGAAGUGAUUUAUGCCGCAGGAUUUAUUUCAGAAGUUGCUUUUCGCCGUUAGGGGUCGCUGUUGGAUCAUUAACGCCCCUGCUGAAUCUAAUUAUUCUGAGGGCGGCGUUAACGUUUAGUGUUUGACAGUGUCAUCAGACUGUUUCAAUGAAAUGUUGAUAUAACGUCAAUAAAACUGCAUAUAAAAACCUAUUUGCAAAGAUAUGACACUGUUUUCGUGUGCUGCCUCCUAUUGGCAUAUCGUUUGCUUCCCAUUCAUACCUCCCCAUUCCCACCAUCUGUGUAGGCCGGUCUGUGGGUGGUCCAUAGGACGGCUUCUGGCUGCGGCACAAGUGACGUGAUGCCUCAGAAUGGUAUGAACUAUGAGGGUAGGAGAGGAGCGUGUGGCAGCACCUAUAAAGCCACCGGCCAGCCCCUAGGCCCACGUUUGGUUAAUGAAGGUGCUGUUCACAAGGGCUGCCCAGCUCCCACUAGAACCAGUGAGAGCACACAAGCUGCCACAUUGAAUGGUACUGAACCACAACGCAGGGUUAAUGGUUAUGUUAACCGUCCGAACAAGGGCAAGAGUAGGAAAGCAAUGCCACCAAGGACACUUUGGACCCAAGGAAGCACUUUUUCAGCUGUCGCUGAUGCCUCAGCAUCUGGCAGGGUCAGCAGUGCAUCCAAUCCAGGUGGUAUCUCAGUGAAUGGGACCACAAGUUUAGACGCUAUUGCUUUGCCCUGUAAUUCUAACCAAAUGACUUCAGAGCCCAGCUUGUCUGCCGCAAGGAAACACAGAAGAAGGGAGAAAUAUGGACAUAAGAAGAGACCUUCACCGAUGCCACCACGAAAGGAGGAGAACUGGGAAAACGAGAUCCAAGAGGUCACACUGACGCAGACUGACUGGGAAAACCUGUGUUUUGGGGUCAGGCCCUAUGGUCCAGAGGAUGUGCUUCAUUUUGCUUUCAGGGAUUUGACGCUGAAGCAAACCGGCAGCUUCGACCAGCGGGUGUCAACCAAUUACAGCCCAGCCGUACACCAUCCACGCCCUGUCCGCUCGCCCUGCUUCUACAUUCCCACUGAGCCAGACCAGUUUGCGGAUGCUGACGAGUAAGCCAGACGUAUGCUCUUAUGUUAGAGGACUGUUCAAGUCAAUGUUCACAUUCCAAAAUUAACUGUUGAGUCCUUCUGUGCAGUUAGCCCUUAUUGGCAUUAUGAAGAUUUUCUGGUUGUGUGACUCAUUUGAGGUUUGCUCAAAUUAUUUGUUUAGUCCGUAUCUCUUCCUCAUCUAAAACAUUGGUGGAAGAAAUUCAGUUAGUCUAUUUAAGUGUCAAUGCAAAACUUCUAAACAAAAUAAGUUCAUGCUAUCAUAGGUCAAAUAUUGUAGGGAGGAGUCUAGGUUGCAGUAAGCUUUUUUUUACUGUAGCUUUUAUUUUAUAAUUUUUAUUCAGAUUUUAUAUUCGUUUUAUAUUGCAACAUUAUAAUUUGUUAUUUUUCCAUGAUCUUAAAGAAUGAUUUUAGCUAACUCCCAUACAUUACUGUUGGACUGCUUCAGUGACUGUUGUUACUGAAAAUGCUUUCAAGUCAUGCAUUUGCUGUUCUUCCAUUGCGUAUCUUCGUAAUUCUUUUUUUAUAGUUAUUCGGUAGCUGAAAUAAUAUGUGUUUGUUUGUUUUUUUUAAUCAAAGUUUAUCUUCAGUGGGCAAACUGUUGUCACCAUAAGUUGCUCUUUUGAACUUUACAAUCAAUUUCAUUGUUUAUAAAUUGCACAUGUUCGCAACAAGUACAUGAGGAAACUAUUUUAAUUUUGGCCAGCCAGCCUAACUGAGAAAUUAUGGUUUGAUUAUGUGACAACAACAAAUUGUUGUUUGCCUGUUCAGACAUUCAUUUUCAUUUUCACAACCACAAUAAAUCAAAUUAUCUUCUAA